AAGUCUGCUAUUUCCUGCAGGACUCAGGCCCCGCACAGUGACUUACCAUUCUGAUCAGCCGCACUUGUUUUCUAAGCAGGAUGGUUUUACUUGUUUCGGUGCUCUUUGGCAUACAGGCACUUUGCUCCUGGGCUGCCUCUCCUCCUGCCAGACCAGCACCGACUGCAUUGCUUUCCCCCGCCUGUGGUGCCACUGCAGUGGAGGAGGCUGCAGACCUGGCUCUUCGCCAGAUCAAUGCCGACCGAAAAGAGGGCUAUGUACUCAGGCUCUACCGAAUCUUCAGUGUCCGAGAACACCCUCAGGAGAUCACUGGUUCUGUCUUCUAUCUCAUCUUGGAUGUAGUCGAUACUGAAUGCCAUGUACUCAGCAAAAGGUUGUGGAAGAACUGUACGGCCCGACCUGCUCAUAAAACUGUUUAUGGUCAAUGUAAAGCAAUUAUCUACAUUAAUCAGGCAAGAAAUAUUGCUCAUCUGAAUAAUUACGAGUGCACAUUACAACCAGUUCCUCCCAGAUAUAUUUCGACAAUCUGUCCUGACUGCCCAGUAGAUGACUGCCCAACUGAACCCAGAUAUUUGGAGACUGCUGCUCAAUGCCUUGCCAAGUUCAAUGAAGAGAGUGAACAAACUCAUUAUUUUGCUGUCCUCAAUGUCACAAGAGCUUCAAUGCAGUGGGUUGUUGGUCCUGCAUAUUUUGUAGAGUUUUUGAUUCAGGAGACAUCCUGCUCCAAAAAUGACACGAUUGCUGACAUCUCCAAGUGCAAGCCCCUUUCAUCAGAACUAGCUCAAAAAGGUUUCUGCAAAGGCUCUGUACUAAAGAGUCACUUGGAACAUGAACAGUUUGUCACAGUAUCCUGCGAAAUCUACAGUCUGCAGGAUCCUGCCACUGAAGAGGAGACAGAGCAAGUUAAUCAGACACCUGGAAAAUCAGGCCAGAAUCAUCAACAAGCUCUCCUUACAGAAACCAAUCCUUUCUUCCCACAUCUAGAAAAAACAGUGGGCUGGGUUAAAAUUCUGCCCCCUUCAACUGAGGACACGUCUUUCCAGAAUCUAUCAGAAAGACAAAAUGAACAUAAAGAUGGAAAACCAGUUCCACCUGAGGCUGUAGGAUCUACGGCCAGUCUUGAUGGAGAAAAGACUCAAGUAGACAACCCAGACUUGACCGAAGCAGCCACUGGACCAGUUAUUCUCCCUUUUCCUGAAGAACUUUCUCUAUCAGACUCAUGCCCAGGAGAAGAAAAGGGGGUAAAUUUCAUCCUCCAGCCUUUGCUGCCUAAAAAACCUCCCAAAGAAAAUUCAUCAGUCCUCUACUUAACUUUGGACGUGCUGGAAACCGAAUGCUCUGUAUUAUCCAGGAGACACUGGCAGGAUUGCGAAUAUGGUGAUGUUUAUUCCAUGGCAAAGUGCAAAGACUGUCCAGUAAAAGUUGAAGUCUUAGAAGUCACCGAGCAGCAUAAAAAUAUUGCUGCAAAGGCCCUGAAGAAAUUCAACAGUGAAGGUAACCACACAAACUACUUCAAUGUGGACAAAGUUGAAAAGACUUUAAAGAUGACUGGCUCCCGUGAAGGUCACAUUUUAGGAUUCUCUAUAAGAGAGACCAACUGCUCCAAAUCGACACAAGAAGCAGAUCAGGCAUUGGAAUGUGAUUUUCGGGAUGACUGGCACACUCACGUGGGAUUCUGCAAGGCAAGAGUUAUCAGUGAUCCAGCUGAACCUGAUGGAACAGAUAUAAGCUGUGAAAUCUACCAUGGCUGGCAGCAUGACUACGAGCGAAGAUGCAGAUAUUCAACUCUGGGACAGCCACACGGACAUUCCCAUCAUCAUUUUGGUCACAAACAUGGUCACAGACAUGGUCACAGACAUCAUCACCAUCAUCCUCAUCCUCACUGUGGACCACACUGUCCUCCCCACCCUCCUCAUGGACCACAUCACCACCAUUCUUCUCCCCAUGAUGAACCACAAACUCUUCCCGAAGAGGAAACACAACAUUCCCCUUCUGCUCCUCCUCCUCAUGAUGAACAACAGAAUCCUCUUCUUGAUAAUGUGAAUGGGUACAAAUCUCACCAGUCAACAAUGCUUCUUUAG